CCAGCUGUUUACCUCAAUCACAAAUGAAUGAGAAACAGUGCAGCGAAGGUAAAAGUCGAAGCCUUUGUUGUGACGACCGUUAAAAUUUCGUUUAGCAUACGCAUCAAUUUAGUAAAAUAUUACACUAAAAACCCGUUACUUCGAACAGUUCGCGUUUUCACAGUGCAAUUGCGGUAAUAUCGUCGUAUAAAUGGCGUCUUAGGUUAUUGUUGUGUUUGUGUGGUUUGUGAAUUAACACUCGAGAUCGUAGAAAAAUGAUGGCAAAUCCAAGAACCAGUGGUGCUCUACGCGCUUUGGCCGUCGAAUAUAAAUCCCUACAGGAGGAGCCGGUCGAGGGAUUCUGUGUUAAACUUGUUAACGAAGACAAUCUCUUCGAAUGGGAAGUUGCAAUUUUCGGACCACCAGAUACCCUCUACAUGGGUGGAUAUUUUAAGGCUCGGAUGAAAUUUCCACCAGAUUAUCCAUAUUCACCACCCUCAAUACGAUUUCUAACAAAAGUGUGGCAUCCAAAUGUGUAUGAGAAUGGCGACCUAUGCAUCAGUAUAUUACACCCUCCAGUAGACGACCCUCAAUCCGGCGAGCUACCCUGCGAACGUUGGAAUCCAACGCAAAAUGUUAGAACAAUCCUAUUGAGCGUUAUAUCGUUGCUCAACGAGCCAAAUACGUUUAGUCCUGCCAACGUCGAUGCGUCGGUUAUGUAUCGCCGUUGGAGGGAUUCGAAAGGACGGGACAAGGAAUAUGAAAAUAUCAUAAGAAAACAAGCUAUGGCAGCUCGCGCAGAAGCAGAAAGGGAGGGUAUUCAGGUUCCGCUAACGCUAGAAGACUACUGUAUUAAAACGCAAGUGAAGCCAAAUAACGACAACCAAGUCGAGAUGACCGACUUUUACGACGACGAUUACGACGAAGACUACGACGACCCCUCAGACGGUUCGGAUUGUGCAGAGGACGACGAAAACGAUAGCGGUAACGGGGAAUCGUGAUCCCAAUAGGAGAUUAUGCACAGAUCUAACCUGCUAAAUUGUAUUCUUAUCUAAUUGUAGGCGUUUUGAUAAGUACCCCUUAUUUUCUCAUCGGUUUGUUGUAGCUUCGUUACGAAUAGAUUUCGGUGUGGUAGGAGGUUGCAGCUGCCAACUUGACAAUUAGAAAGUUGCCCACUAUCGCUAGCUCAUACUAUCUGCAUAGAUAGCGUAUAUUUUUUUAAUUACACACUAUUUUUGUACCGUUAAUUUGCAAGACUGCCACAAUAGAUCAGUUUGGGGUUACUAUCAAACCUACCUUGAUCACAUGUACAUACUAGAAAAUAGUUUAAGACGAUUUCUUGUUUCAAUACAAGGUGAUGCUACGAUGUUUGUGAUAUCGUCAGUCCAUAAUGAGGAUCUCUCAUAAGCACUGUUACAAUUCACACUUUUCACAUUAUUUUUAUUCGGAAAGGGACUAUGUUAAUACUCCAGAUCACGACGUGGGUUCUUGCACGAAUUAUCCACAGGCAGUAUUAACCAUCCUACUUCGUUUUCCUAAACCUCCUACUUGUACAUAUAUAUCGUAAAUUGGAGAGUUUACAACGCGCUAUUUAGGUGUAACAAAAAAGUUAUGAGAUUUUCAUUUCGAUAGUAGGGCCUUUAGCAAAAAGAUUUGUAAAUAAGUUAGAUUAUACUAUUAUUUAUUAAGUCCAAUUCAAUUUUUUUACUUGAUUUUCACAUGUUCGGUUAAUUGAUAAAUCGGUUGUGGAAUUUAAGAGUCAAAUUGUAGAGCAACUACUGUACUAAAUAUCGGUUAUUCGUAGAUUUAAAUUUUAUUUUAUUUACCUACUUUGUUGACUUGUGAAAAUUGCAAAAGGUGUGAUUUUUGUUAUAAUUUAUGAUACAGUGUGCGCACUGGUAUUCCAUAAAUAAAUGGCUAUCCUAAUA